UUGGAUAGCUAAGAUUUGAAUAGUUAAGCUGCUGCUUAGCUAGCUAAAAUAUUAAAAUAAAAAUUAUAAAAAAAUAUUUUCGUAAUUUGGCACUGUUUAUUAAUAAUCUGUGACUGUGUUUUAUGCCAUUUUUGACAUUGACAAGUUGACAGAUUUGGAAUUUGUUAUUGUUUACAUUUUACAUGGUCUAAAAAUAAAAACAGAUAUUUUAGUUGCAAGUAAUUUUGUCUUUUACACCUCAUUAACAUUAUAAAGCCUUUUUUAAUUCAUGCCCCCUUUUAUCUAAGUGUUUAAUGAAUUGUUGCUCUAUUUGAGUUUAAAAUUAUUUAUAGGUAUUUUCAUUUAGGUUCAUCCUCGGUCACAAGAUUAGAUCUUUCUUAUUGAUUGCUUAUCAAUGUAAAUUAUACUUAGAUAAAAAUCUAUAAGAAUUUAAAUCGUCUAAGUUUCCAACGUGGUAGCAAUAAAGACAUAAAAUACAUAUGUGGUACAAUUUUUCCGUCAGAUUCGCUUAUCUUGAAUUGCGUUAUUGCAAAUUGUCCAGUGCGUUCUACAACAGCCACGUUACAAUAAAUAGAAAUUGCAGUACAAUGAAAUCUUACCCUCAGGCUCUACUGUUGUCUUCGUCUAAUUGCCAUGGUUAUUCAUUACUGGAGUUUGCAAAACAUGAAAUCUGCUUAUUUUUAGAAAAGCACAAUGUUUCUGAACUGGUAUUCAUACCAUAUGCUCAAAAGAACCAUGAUGACUACACUAAGAAGAUUAGAGAUGCAAUAAAUCCAUGGGGCUUCUCAGUGGUAGGCCUCCAUACAUACCCUGAUCCAGUCAAUGCUAUAAACUCAGCAAAAGCAAUAUUUGUUGGUGGAGGAAAUACAUUCUUGCUGUUAAAAACUUUGUAUGAUAAUAAGCUGGUCCAUUUGAUAAGAGAAAGGGUUAAUAGUGGGAACUUGGUGUAUAUUGGCAGUAGUGCAGGAACUAAUGUUGCAACAAAAAGUAUACACACAACUAAUGAUAUGCCAAUAAUUUAUCCUCCAUCAUUUGAAGCUAUUGGCAUUGUGCCCUUCAAUAUAAACCCUCAUUAUAUUGACAAAGUUGAGUCUGAAACGCACAAGGGUGAAACUAGAGACCAACGUAUACAGGAGUAUAUGGAGAUGGCACAUGCAAACCCAGUGCUUGGUCUGAGAGAGGGCUGUAUCUUGCAUGUCAAUGGUGAUUCUCUAAUCUUGAAAGGAGUUGCUGGUUCUGUACUCUUUAAAGCUGGUAACAAGAAAGAAGAGUAUCCAGUUGGAGCAGAUAUAUCAUUUUUGCUGAACUAUGUUAAAGAGACUUGUUAAGUCAUGUUUUAUCUUUAAG